AUGGGAAAAUUAAUCAAAAAUCACUGGGCGCGCCUCAUUGUUCUCUCAGCUGCAGCCUACCAAGUAGCAGCUGCCAUUGAAGGCUUUUUCUGGCCAAAGAUCUUCUGGGACUUCCUCACAAAGAAUCUUGAUGGUGCUGUGACACCCGUCCCAGUCCUGCAGAUACUGAAUCUCCUCUUGGGACUCGUUGGACUUGCAUGGGAGUGGCCAUUACGACCGCUCGCAGGCACGGGACUACACCGCUCCAUUGAAGCCCGACUCAUCAUCUACCCCAUAUGCGCUCUUUGCGCCCUUUUGCUCUACCAGGGAACCAACGCAGGACUGUACUACAUCAUUGGCAUGGGCGCUUAUUUCUGGGCAUACAGUGAAGGCGAGAUUGUCUGCCCAGAACCAUGGACACUCCCAAAGAGAGGCUCCACGGUGCGGAAAAUGGGCGCAUAG